AUGACUACCAAUCAUGAUUUUUAUUUCGCACUCCUUCGCAUAUCCAUCUUACAAUUACUGAAGGCCCAAGGAUUUGACAGGGCAAGACCAAGUCUCGUGGAUGUUAUGACCGAUCUCUAUGCAAAGUUUCUGAGUUUGUUAGCAUCAGAGGUCAGCUCUAUUGCUCAGGCGAGGUGUGAUCAGGAUGAUACAGUUGCUUUGCAGGACAUAACGCUGGCUCUGGAAAAUCUGGGUGUUGUUAAGCCUACGAACAUCCUGGAUGUCUAUGAUGAAAAUUCGGAACUAUCGAGCUCACGAGGAAUGGAGAAGUUUAAGGACUGGUGUCUCCAUAGUACUCAGUUAAUUGAUACGCGAAUAACUACAUUACCUACAGUGGAAUUAUUACAAAAUGAAGAGAAAGAAUCAGACCCUUUGUCAACAAUACCAGACUACCUCAACCAAUUACUGCAAAAUAAAGGCGCUAAACAAAAGCUAGAAACGAAGAACAGGAAAACGGAUCUGAUAGAAGAUUUAAUCAAUAAUAAUGGAUUGGAUGAUUGGAUCAAAUUAGUUAUAGCAAGACAACGUAUCAAUAUGAUCGAACGGGCUUCCAAAAAAGAAUCUCAAAACGUGGUCGCUUUGCCUCAUAUUGGGGGUUAUAAGUCGUCAAUUUUAAGUCGUCACCACCAUACCACGAUAACUGACGAAGACAGACUUCCUUCGGCUAUGACACCAAGAGAUGAGGAUGCCUCAACAGAAAUCCAAGAAAAUCCGUAUGUAACAAGUAAACUGCCGAUAAUGAGGACAGAUAAUAGGUUAGAAAACAUAACUCUAUCCUUUGAGAAUGAAAAGCUUGAAUCACUUGACGAAAUCAAAAACCCCGACCAAAUAUCUCAAGAGACCAAUAACGAACAAAGCUCUAAAGAGAACAACCAAAGUGUAACAGAAUCACCACACGAUGAUGACCGUGAUAUAUCGAUGUUUCAGUUCGAUUCAAAUGUAGAUACCAAAUGGGCAGAACAGGAAGAUAUGGAUAGUACUUUUCAGCGAAGAACCUCAUUAGAUUAUGGGGGCUACUUUUAA